AUGUAAUUAGAUUUUUUUUAAUUUUUUUUAAGCAUCAAUUUUUUUUCACAAUUUUCACAAAACACCAACGCAUUUUAAUACCCACCUUCCACCAACGGUGUCAUUGUCCUCUUUCAAGAUCGAAUUGAAUUUACCAGAAGAAAAAAAUUUACCACCAAAUUCAACAAAUCGAAAUGAUAUAAUGUUUUAAAAUCCCCAGUAUUAUAAUAUAAUCGAAUUCGAAUCUAAUUCGAUUUUUAGAAUUACAAAAUUAAUUAAUCAAUGUAUUAUUGUGGCUGUUAUUCAUUAAAAAUGGAUUCCACAUUUAUUGCCAUCAUCAUUCUGAAGCUGAUAUAUUUAUUGUUUGACAAUAUACAACCAAUCCAUACACUUGAAAAUGGUUUGGCAAAGACACCGCCAAUGGGUUGGUUAUCAUGGGAAAGAUUUAAGUGUCAAAUUAAUUGUCAUCAUUAUGAUGACACCAAUCAUAAUAAUAAUAAUAAACUAGCUGGUUGUAUUAGUGAAAAUCUUUUCACACAAAUAGCUGAUACACUUGUUGAACGUGGCUAUCAACGUGCCGGUUAUGAUCGUAUCAAUAUUGAUGAUUGUUGGUCAAAAAAAUCUCGUGAAUUAGAUGAUGGCCAUUUGUUACCAGAUCCAGAUCGAUUUCCAAAUGGUAUCAAAUAUCUUGCUGAUUAUAUGCACGAACGUGGCUUGAAAUUGGGAAUGUAUCAAAAUUAUGGUCAUCGAACGUGUAUGGGUUAUCCUGGUAUAUUGGGACACCUGGAACAGGAUGUUCAAACAUUCGCCGAUUGGGACGUUGAUAUGAUCAAAUUGGAUGCUUGUUUUUCGCCCAAAACAUCACAAUUGGAUAGUGGUUAUAUGAAAUUUCGUAAGAUUGUAGAUAAAACUAAACGGCCAAUGAUUAUAUCAUGUUCAUGGCCAUAUUAUCAAGUGUUUGCUUCGAAAGUUCAUAUCAUACCGAAAUGGGAUCUAAUCUCGAUGAAUUGUAAUCUAUUUCGUGUUUUUCAUGAUAUCACAAGUAAUUGGAAAGUGAUUCAAAAAAUCAUUGAUUUUAUGGGCGAUAAUCAACAAAUAUUUCGUGCUAUUACCGGUCCUGGUAGCUGGCCUGAUCCAGACAUGCUUAUGAUUGGCAAUGUUGGACUUUCAGUUGCACAGGCUGAAUCACAAAUGGCCAUUUGGUGUAUACUACCAGCACCAUUAUUCAUGUCUAAUGAUCCUCGUGUUAUGGAACCAGAAUUCGAGAAAAUAUUGUUGAAUUCAGAUGCCAUUUCAAUCAAUCAGGACGUGAAUGGUGAACCGGGCGAAAGAUUUUUCCACAACACUACAAUGGAUUUAUGGCGACGAUCAUUAAGUGAAAAUCAAAUGGCAUUAGUCAUUUUAAAUCGUGAUUUUAAUCAAGAUUUACAAAUAUCCAUUCCAUUGGAACAAAUUGAAAGUAAUGCAUUUCAACAUUAUCAACAUGUACAGGUUUUGAACAUAUUUUCCAAUGAAAAAUAUCAAAUUCGACGACAACGAAUGGCCGAUAAUCGUACGGAAACAUAUAUAAAAGUAAUUGUGGAACCAACUGGUUGUGUAUUUCUUAAAUUAACACCAUUGAAAAAUUGAUUUCCAUUUCAAACUAGAAAAAAAUUUUUUUUCGUCUGUGA